GGAUCACCUGGCCUCCCCGGACGUAACGGAGUCAAUGGGCAUAAUGGGUCACCAGGCCGCGACGGACGAGAUGGAGCUAAAGGUUAGAAGGGCGUGGCAGGUCCCCCUGGAUCACGUGGUGAGAAGGGAGAAAUGGGACCAAGUGGAACAGACACUGAUCACAGGAACUGGAAACAAUGCGCGUGGAAGAGCGACGACGCCAGUGAUAUUGGACUGAUCAAGGUAAGAUGAUUUUAAAAUUAGCGCCAUCAACGGCUCCAGUCAACUUUGGUUUUGUUAGAUACUAAGAAUGUGCAUUUACAAAGGAUGGUAUAUUCUUGUCUAAUGGUAUCCUUACGGGAUGAAAAAUGUCGUUUAAGUAAACAAGAAAACCAAUAAUGGAGUUUUGAUUUUUUGUUGCAGGAUUGUUCCCUCCAUAAAACCAAGGAUGAUACUGCCCUCCUUGUUGUUUUCCAGGGAAACUUCUAUUUGACAGGAUGUGGCGGCUGCUGCAAGAGAUGGUUCAUCACUUUUAACGGCGCCGAGUGCAGUGCUCCCCCUGCCUAUUGACGUAGUGCUGUGGAUCGGAAAUACUGGAGAAAACAACCACAGACCCGGGUUUAUCGAGGGCUACUGUAACAACAUUCACAAGGGCAAAAUCCAAGUUGGAAUCAACAUUAGAAAUUGUGUUGGGUAUGGGAACUCCAAUGGUUACACAGGCUGGAAUUCAGUGUCCCGUUUGAUCAUUGAAAAAGUUCCUCCGUCCCAGUAG